GCCCUGAAGCUUGACCAUGAGUGGGCCUGCUUUCAGUGCUCGUCUGCAACUUGUUUCUCAAUUUACUCUUCUCAUCUCGAGUCAUCUUGAAAGUGUCGUUCGAAAGUAUAAUCCUCACGUCUCACUCCUUUAAUCUUGAACGACCCACUCUCCCACUCACUUAUUCACGACCACCAUGACUACCUCGCCAACCCUGGAUGUGCUCUCGCCGACCAACUCACACUUUCUGCUGAACGCAGAGCGCGACAAUGCAGAACACUCAGACGAUCACCUGGACAUCGACUUUGACAAGUCAGAUGGCGACACCGCGUCGCAGCGCUCGAUAUCACUGUCGUCACCACCUAGGUCGCCUCGGCAGUCCUUGCACGUCGAUCAGUCCUUUAAUGGUGCAGACGAUGAUCAGCACAUUGACGACUCUCUCACGCCGGUAAACACGGUUAGGGAGAGCCUCGGCUUUGCGCACAGAGACUCGCACCGUUUUACGCUUGACACGGACUUCAGCUCGGAACAGGACGCGGAGGGCGAUGACCGCAGUUCGUUCAUGCGUCGCCUGAACGACCUGGAGACGCCCUUGUCGAGUGCUGCGCCGUCUAUGCACGAGAAAGACAUGGAGGAUGAACACGAGGCGGGUGUCGAGCACGUUGCUGAGCUGGCGUCGAAUGAAGAGGAGGCAGCCGAGCAACCGGCUGCACUGUUUUCGCCUCCGUAUGCCUCGAGGAUGUCGUAUCCACCUCCACCAUUGCAAAAACCGGAUUCAAGCAGAGAAAGCAUCGCCUCCUUUGCCUCAGGCUCAACGUCUCAGUCCAGGAAAGCUCGUCCGGAGUCUAUGCUCGUCACGCACCGGGGUCCGUUGGUACUGGGUAUUGCGCUAGUGGACUUUAACCAUCAGGUCGGCCCAAAGAUCCAAUUCUCGCGAGGUUCCAUCUUUGAGGAUGACGAGCUUUCCAAAAUACUUCCGUUUUUGGCUUUGCCAGACGGCGCGCAUCUGACGGUGGAAGAUUACUCGUAUUUCCACUUGGUUCCGUCUUCACCGAAUCCGACUACCGUCUUCGGAAUUUCAUGCAACCGGCAAAUACGCAGCUCGGAUCUUCUAGUCAAAGACCAAGACGUGACACGUUCUAUUGUCCAGAAAGCUGUAGUCGUCCUGGCUGCAAAGCCCGUGUUUGGUCCUAUCAGAGACCGCUUAGGCGUGGUUACAAAAGCUCUGUUUGCUCAGCGCGACUUCACCGACAUGACUAUCCUUGACGAGUUCCAAGAGUCGCUAGAGCUGUCGCUGCGCAGUCAGCUGACUGAAAGUGGCCUGUACAUGGGGACCAGUCUGCGGGAACUCGUACAUACCUUCCGGCAGCGAACUCUUGUUCUUCUCAAAGCUCUAAUGCUACAGAAGAAGAUCAUGUUAUACGGGCAUCCGGUAGAAAAGCUGUGCACCUACCAGUAUUCGUUAGUGACGCUUGUGCCUGGCCUUCUCCAACACCUGGAUGACUGCGGGUCUCCCCCGCUGGCCGAACGUGCGAAGGCACUCUCGAAACCAACCGAAUUGCGGACAUCGGAUCCCAGGAGUAUGAUGGCCUAUGUCGGAUUGCCGUUGGAUCUGUUCGGAAAGGAUGCAUUUUUCCAGCCCUAUCUGCCUCUACAGCAGCUCGAUAUGCUGAAAGACACUCAAAGCUGGCUCUGCGGCACGACCAACUCCAUCGUGACACAGCAGAAAGAAGUGGACUUGCUGGUUAAUCUGGAAACAGGCUCGUUUGAGUUCCGCGACCCGACACUUGAGCGAGUAACAAGUCUGACACCUGCGGACCGGAAGUGGAUGGACGACGUCGUGAAGGAUGUCAAUGAUAGCUUCGACGCGUCGGACCCCACUAGCUCCCCGAGCAUCCAGUUCAAAGGUAGCGACGAUUUCUUGAGACAAAAGUUCGACGAAUAUAUCUCAGGCGCGCUAUCGUGCGUGAAAUACUCUGAUUUCUUGAACAAAGGCCAGGGGUCCGGUGUUAUGAUCACUGACGGAGCAGGAGGGAACCCAAAUGCGAUACAGGAUUUCAACAUGCUGUGGAUAGCAGAAUUCAAGAAGACGAGUGCUUAUGAGGUCUGGGAGCGAGUGACUGACCCACUACUUUUUGAUAUCCUUGAGCCACGACACCCAUGCACUGACCGUCCGUCUGUGUUGUCGGACGUGGGCUUGCGCCUAAGCGAAGGCAUCCAAGAUCUUAGGCUCGACCAACGGCUAGCGCCGACCGGGGAAGCGAUCUCCAAGACCUUCUCGGAGGCUUCAACAGGGCUCUUCAAAGCUAUAGACGGCGUCCGCGGACGCUGGCUACAACGGAGCGCUAGCUCGCCAUUGAGUACAUCCGGUCCUCAAGCAAGCAAUGCCCCGAGUGGCAUCGUGGACGCUGCAAAGUCCGACCCAGGCAGCACCCAAUCCACGAGGGACUCUAUACUCUCUACCCCAGGUUCAUCGCCCAAACCGCCCCCGGCACCCGCAGAGGGCAUGCGUCCCUUGAGCUUGAACACCAGCAAAGUGCAGCCGGCGACGGCAGAGGCCAGGCAGUCCCCGAGCUCCUGGGGCUCCAGCAUCGGGUCUUUCUUCUCGCAACGGGCCACACGUUUCUCGGUAACCAAGGCCUCGCCACAGACACCCCAGCGCGAGUCGUCGCCGGCGCCUUCGCUCGGCUCUGUGCGCUCGGGCCCGACAGCUGCGCCUACGUCGACGGAGCUCGGGGUCGACGAACUACAGCCGAGGAACCUGGACGAGAUGCAUGUCCCGGGCGCGACGAAAGCUGGCCAUGAACGUAAGCCCUCGGCGGGCUCGAUCCGCUCAGACGCAUUCACGCUCCAUAGCGAAGAUAGCGACACUGGUGUCGCUGUGUGAUAGCCGUUCUGUUUCUGUUGUUGUUUUGUUCGUUUUCAUGCUUUCUUUCCUGUACGUUACUACUUCAGAUGUAAUAGGCACUGGAUCAUCCACGCUGGAUCUGUUGUUGGAUUUAGUUAAUUUAGUCCGUAGGACAAUGAAUGCUCGCAUCGAACAUGAGGUACCCCUCUUCUCGU